UCGGGGCAACGGCCCUAGUUUUGGGGUGCGAAAUCCCAACCCCGAUGAGAUUUCGGGGACACGAGGUCAACCCAACCCCGUUUGGAGAGUUUACGGGGCGUUGGAGUGGGGUGGGGAGAGGCGUCGGGAGAGUGAAGCGCGGGUCUUUGGAAGCGCCGCCAGUCCCGCGGGCGGUUCGCCAAGGGGCGGAAGCUGUGAGGCGAGAAGAGAGACUGAGAGGUCGCUCCGGGCGCGGACGGCGGUUGUGUCACGGGCCAAGCUCCAGCACCUUUCGGAGCGCCGCCUUUCGUUUUCGUUUUCCGGAAGGACAGCGAGCAUCGCCUGGGCUGAAAGAAGGCUUGGAUUCUGCGCGCGUCCGGACAAUCCCGGUUCCGCGGUUCCCCCUCCCCUCGACUUCCCUUGUAAUGCAGGUUGAAGUGGCAGCUGGCUCUUUGACUCCUGUGGCUACAUCAGCUUUGCCUUUACCAUUGCACUCCACUUUGAAGACAUCAGUAAAGUCGCUGUAUGAUGGACAAAUCUGCACAUUGCCAGGCCGACUCAGAAUCCAACCCUUUCUAUGGAGCAAAGAUGAUGUGAUUCACUGGCUAAGAUGGGCUGAAAAAGAAUAUUCACUCAGGAAAUCUGAUGAUAGUAACUUUGAAAUGAAUGGAAAAGCCCUUUGUAUUCUCACCAAGGACGAUUUCAAAUUUCGGGCUCCUAAUUCAGGAGAUGUAUUAUAUGAAUUACUCCAAUACAUAAAGACCCAGAGAAGAGCCCUUGUGUGUAGCCCUCUCUUUAACAUUUCCUUUUGGGAUAUAGACCAUAACCUGAUCCAGAGCGCUGCAGAAGGUACCAAGUGCAACUUAGAAGAUUUCCCAGCUAAGGUCCCUGCAUUGCCUUCAGAAUAUCCAACAAUCUUCACUAGUCAUGCAGGUUACUCGGACUCAUCUCAGUCUUCCACCAAGAGACUCUGUACUCCUGGGAUGACACCUCUUGCUUAUAGCAAUCCAGAGAUCAGCCAUGAUGGAAACAUUUGCUCUUUUGCUGUAAAAUCAGCUGCUCCAGUCAGUGGGAAAAUAUCAGACUGUAGGUUACUUUUGGAUUACAUCUACCGGCUCCUCUCUGAUAGCCAGUAUGAAUCAGUUAUCAAGUGGGAAGACAAAGAAACCAAGAUCUUUCGGGUGGUAGAUCCCAAAGGCCUUGCUGGACUCUGGGGUAAUCACAAGAACCGAAGGAAUAUGACAUAUGAGAAGAUGUCAAGAGCAUUGAGGCAUUAUUAUAAACUCAACAUCAUCAAAAAGGAAACUGGACAGAAAUUAUUAUUCAGAUUCCUAAAAGUUCCUGGAGAAAUAAAACAGUACACAGCCAGUAAAUUGAACCAUGAAGACCAGAAAGCAGAGGACUCAAACAUUUUACCAGAAAUCUCACUGUAGACAUUUGCCAAUUUUGCCAUGCCAUAGUAGCAUCAAGAGCUUGUCAGCAGGAAAAUAUUUGAUGUCUAUAUGAAGACAGAAAACAAAAAAGGCCUUGGGGAAUUAUACAUCCUGUAAAUGAAAUGCAAAGAACUAAUCCAUUGGACUUCUGCUGUCAAACAUAAUAGAAGCAUUUGUGCAAAACAAAGUUUAAAAACUGAAUCUGCAAAUCAGUUCUAGUUCCUCUGUCGGUCAGGUUGCUGUAGAAUUUCUCAAAGUAUUCUCAGAGUUACUCUCCUACCCAUAGAAAAAUACCUCAUGGGAAAUUAAGCAGUUUUUCAUCUGGAAAAAAACAACAAAAAGCCUCAUAUACUUGCAAUGAUCAUUUGUUAUAGAAUUCUUUCAGAAAAACA